CCCUUGUCAAACGGAUUCACCAACAUAUUCCGGCAGUGUACUAAAAAUCCUGAAUAGAGGAGCGAAGCUCUACAGAAAUUAGCGUAAUUUCUAAAUUUUCAACUGAAAAUAUCUUUGAAAUUGUUUGGAAAUCUUUUGAUAAUGAAUCGGAAUCCACAAUCUCCCACAAAUUUGGGCAAGCAGAAUGGAGCCCUGGUGCUGGAGGUGCUAAAAGUGUUGGGUCGUCCCGCCACCAUCUCGGAGGUGGCCCAACGGGUAUCCACGGUGUACAAGCUGCCGCUGCAGCCCAUCCAACCUGUUGUGGCCGAUGUGCUCAGGGCGGGCGUGGCCUACGGUUUCUUCAGUUGCCGCUUCGGCUGCUAUGCGGUGGUGCAGCGCAUCGUGGAGCAGUUGAGUCGCGAUAUUGAUGAGUACGCUGUCAAAGUCAUUACCGGGGACACGCCUCAGAUGUCGCCGCUGAUGCUGAAGCUGCAGCAGUUGGACGAAUCCCCGCUGGUGUCGGGGAACAGCCAUCGUUUGGUGUAUAUGCAUGACCCAAACUAUCCCCAGUGGAGAGCAGUCACCGAUAAUCCCUGAGAGUCGGAGUCCUUUACUUGAAGUGUUCCCAAAUCAAAUCCAAUUCGCAUUGUAAUCCAAUAAAACAGAAUUCUUUGAAGCGUUGAAAA